CUAGCACCGUGGCCUCCUCCAUCUGCUCAGCUGAGGCCACAGGGAGAAGACACCAUGACCCCCACCCUCAGGGCCCUGCUCUUCCUCGGGCUGAGUGUGGGCCUCAGGACGCCAGUGCAGGCAGGGCCCCUCCCCAAGCCCACCCUCUGGGCUGAGCCAGGCCCUGUGAUCCCCCGGGGGAGCUCCGUGACCAUCUGGUGUCAGGGGACUCUAGGGGCUGAGGAGUACCAGCUGGAGAAAGAGGGAAGCCCACCAUCAUCCAAAAGACAGGAGCCACAGGAGCCCAGGGAUAAGGCCAAGUUCUCCAUCACACACAUGGCAGAGCGUGAUGCUGGGAUAUAUCGCUGUCUAUAUAUCAGCCCCACUAACAUGUCAGAGCGCAGUGACCCCCUGGAGCUGGUGAUGGUGACUGGAUCCUACAGCAAACCCAGCCUCUCAGCCCUUCCCGGCCCUGUCGUGACCUCAGGACAGAACGUGACCCUCCAGUGUGGCUCAGGGCAGGGAUUUGACAGGUUCCUUCUGACUGAGGAAGGAGAUCACAGGCUCUCCUGGGCCCUGGACUCACAGCCACAGCCCAGUGGUUGGUCCCAGGCCCUGUUCCCUGCGGGUCCUGUGACCCCCAGCCACAGGGGGACGUUCCGAUGCUAUGGCUGUUACAGGAACAGCUCCCAGGUGUGCUCACAUCCCAGUGAUGACCUGGUGCUCCUGGUCUCAGGUGAGGGCCCCUGA